GAUCGGGACCAUUUCAUGGAUGAGUUCUUUGAACAGGUGGAAGAGAUCCGUGGCUGCAUUGAGAAACUGUCGGAAGAUGUGGAGCAGGUGAAGAAACAGCACAGUGCCAUCCUGGCCGCCCCCAACCCAGAUGAAAAAACCAAACAGGAGCUAGAGGACCUCACUGCAGACAUCAAGAAGACGGCCAACAAGGUUCGAUCCAAGUUGAAAGCGAUCGAGCAAAGCAUUGAACAGGAGGAGGGUCUGAACCGUUCCUCCGCCGACCUGCGCAUCCGUAAGACCCAGCACUCCACACUCUCCAGGAAGUUUGUGGAAGUAAUGACCGAAUAUAACGCGACCCAGUCCAAGUAUCGGGACCGCUGCAAGGACCGGAUCCAGCGGCAGCUGGAGAUCACUGGAAGGACCACAACCAAUGAAGAGCUGGAGGACAUGCUGGAGAGUGGGAAGCUGGCCGUCUUCACAGACGACAUCAAAAUGGACUCGCAGAUGACGAAGCAGGCACUGAAUGAGAUCGAGACGAGGCACAACGAGAUCAUCAAACUGGAAACCAGCAUUCGCGAGCUGCAUGACAUGUUUGUGGACAUGGCUAUGCUUGUGGAAAGCCAGGGUGAGAUGAUUGACCGCAUUGAGUACAACGUGGAACAUUCCGUGGACUAUGUGGAGCGAGCCGUGUCGGACACCAAGAAAGCUGUGAAAUAUCAGAGCAAGGCCCGGAGGAAGAAAAUCAUGAUCAUCAUUUGCUGUGUGGUGCUGGGGGUGGUCUUGGCGUCAUCCAUUGGGGGGACGCUGGGCUUGUAGGCCCCCCCUUUCCUCUCCCAGAGCCCUCCCCCACCACAUCGGGAGCAAUACCCCCACCAUCCCUUUCACUCCAUCCCUUGCUCCGGCCUCACCCCCUAAAACAAACCCAGGCAAUCCCACCCCUUACUCCACCCCCACAGCAGACCCUGGAGUCCCUGGACCUCACCUUGCCAUGGACCACCCCCCUGGCCCCGCACGUAGAUAGCAGCAGGCGUGAUUAUACAUGCACACCAACAUGCAUGCCGCCGGCACAUGCUCAAGACGUGUGGACACCCCAGUGUGUGUGUUCAUGUGUAGAUGUGUGUAGAUGCGCCAAAUCAUCACCCUGCCUUCCACCUCAAGUCUGUGUGUGGUCUGAGCUUCCCCCCUCACCUGGGUUGUUGUGUAGACUGUGGCCAGGUAUAACACAGCAGCCUAUCGUGCCCCACCCUGUCUUCUGUGAAGAGGUAUGUGUGUGUAUGUGUGAGACCACAGAUCUGUGGACGCCCAAUUUGUGUACAUGGAAUUUUGUGUUUUGAGUGUUUGAACCAAAUGCAACAGCAGUUUCUCCACUGGCAGCCCCUCCCCUGUGUUUACUGUACAUGGGGCAAGUUGUGUGUGUACAGAUACUCACACUCACAUUCUCAGAGGAUCCAGGUAGGCCCAGUACACACAGGCCAUGGCAGACACCCCAUGUGACGUAGAACAAAUUUUCCUGGUUUAGUGACCCCAGAGCCGCUAUCUGUCCUGGUGAGGGGGUGCUUUUGUGUGUGUGUGUGUGUGUUGUGAGUCAGGGUGUGUGGAAGCAUUUAUGUGUAAAUGACCUAGCUUGGCCUGUAUAUACAUGUACAUCUCCCUUGAUAGGUGAUUAACGUGUGUCUGUGUGUGUGUGUACAACUCCAGGAUGCACCUGAAGUGUUAAUAGGACUUCUCAGAUGGAUCCCUCCACACUGUGGACUGGACACUGGUUUUGAGUGGGCACAGAAAUUUUAUUUCUAUGCUACCUAGAAUAUGGUUAUGUGUGUGCAUGAGUGUGGGUGUGCGCAUGCGUGUAGGAGCUUUCUACAUAGUGUGUUUCUGCUCCUUGUGAAUUCUACACCCACGUGUUUAUUUAAGGACAUGUACCUUAUCCAGGUUUGUUUAUCCAGAUUUAUUUACCCCACCCUCUCCCCAGAGCUGCUGACCAGUAUCUGGUGUGGCUGCACACACUGCUAUAUCAAUAUUGUGCAACUGAAGCUUACUGCCCUGCAAGGCCUCAGGGCCCCUGUGCGCACAUGCCCAGAUCCUUAUCUUUCUCUGUCUCUGCCCAAGGAUAGGCCUGAACCCAUGAAAGCUGGUGCACCACAGUAUGCUCAUACAUGCCAAGGCUGAGGAGGUCUCAUGAAGGUGGCCACGCCUGGGCACACACUCAUGCUGACAUCAGGAUCUGAGGGUGUGGGUGCAGGAUGUGCCUAUCAGCACAGGAAUGCCUCCUGGAAGGGCUAUUUGUAGGGAUGUUAUUGAUGAGGCGAGAUGCCAAGGGCUGCCCCAGAUGGAUUAAAAGCCAGGGCAUUGCCACUUCCUCACAAACUCACCCCAGACCUGGAGAAGGCCGAUGUUUGUCCCCACUGCCCCAUUGGAUUCUCUGGGCUCUGCUUCAGGGAACUUGGGUUUGGGGAAACAUCAUUUUUGGAUGUCCUAGAGUAACCCAUGUGGCAGCAGCCACUCAGGGUGAAUGAAGUCUCAGGCCCAUCCCCUGUACACCUCUCCUGCUGAAAUGUUGGCAAUGGCUGCUCCCCAGUAGAGGGAGGAUUGAAGGGGACCCACUGGCCCAGGUUCCUGAUGGUGAGGAAAGGGCUAGCUCCUCCCCUGUUGUGUAGACAAUAUAGGCAUGGCUUAUAGGUGUUUGGUGGCCGAUAAAAGGUGCAUGGAAGAGAGGAUAAUGUUAGAAGCCCCCCUCCAUGGCCCAGGAACAUGUAGGUUGAAAACAUAAGUACUUGAAUAUGCCCUGCUGUGGGGUGGGGCAUGCAUGUGCUCAGGGUGAAGGGUCCUACAUCAUGUGAAGUGUGUGUGUGUGUGUGAGAGAGAGAGAGAGAGGCCAUGAAGAAGUGACCCCCCAAAACACAAUACCCCUUCCACCCUGACCCCAGACCAGAUAGUCAAUCUCUCCCCUGCCUGGCUGUGUGGGCCCUGUCCACUUUGGCCUGUAUGCAUGUCAGUGUGGCCACAUGUAUGUAAGCCCCAGGUCAGCUGUCCUGAGGAGGGAAGCCUUGCCUAUCCAUUCUCUGAAUGUCCUGCUGCAGGACAGGAAGUCUGUCCCGGAGUCUGGCCUCCACCUUCCUCCUCCAAUCUCAGGCUUCUUUGGAGACAUCAGAGUAGGCCCCAUCACCCAGCCCCCUUCUUCCUUCCUGCUGCCCAGACAGGACCCCCUUUCAGCCCAGGUGUUUCCGAAAGUCUCAUGGCCUUGGGGCCACAAGAGAAGAGUGCAGCCAUGGCUAGAGUGCUAUUGCCUCUGUCAGUGGUAUCAAGCCCACAGCUGCCCAUUUCUGGGCCUCAGGUGGACCAGGGGAUCCCUGAGGAUCUGCUGUGCCCCAACUUUCUACAAGUCCCACACGUCAUAUGAUGUGUUUGCUUAUUGGCUGCUGUCUCUGUGUAUGUCCUGGAGUGCCAUCUGGGGGCUGGUGUCUUUUGCAUGCUCUCAGACAAAUGUGUUUUGCCCACCUUCCAUGCACCUAACAACUGUCAUGCCCAAGUGUGCCCCAUGGGUGGUCCUGGGCCUGGCCAGGGCUCAACGCUUCCCCUUCCCUUUUCCCUGUCCCUGCCUCUCAGCAAGCACACUGCGUGUCCAUCCCAUGUACCCGUGGGUUGAUGCACGCUCUUGCCACGCCUUGAGCGUGUAUACAUGAUGUGUUCUAUGCAUUCACCCUGCCCCCUCAGCCUGCCCCGCAGAGGACAAGAUGGGUGGCCCCCGGCUCCCUUCUCUCCCCACCCACCACCUGCCCGCUGUGCAGCCGUGUGCGUUGGCGUGUGUUUCUGUGUCGCUGGCGUGUCACGUGAUGUAGCUGUGUUUGCUGACUUGAGCCCCUGCCCCCUUCUCUGUUUCUCCGUUGGUUUCUAGAGCUCUCUCCUCCCAUUCCCCGGAGGGGACAGGACUUCUGGGGCCUGGCUGGGGGCCCAGAGCCAGGCCACCCUCUCCUGUUAGCCCUCAGAGCCCCAUUUCUCUCUAUUGGUGAUCAAGUUGCAAAUGGAUAAAACACAGGAAAAUUCUGGCCCCAUCCCCAGCCCUGCAUGUCCUGUCCCCAGAACCCCCUACCCUCACCCCGGGCCGGGUCGGGCCCCGUGGGAUGGGAGAAAUAGCAACCAAUCCAACAGCG